CACCAAUCAGAAAAUGAAACUCAUAAGUCAUAACCUAACAAAUAUCGCUUUGACUUCAAAUAAGCUCGUUACACUACCAGAACUCAGAAAGACUACAAUUAGAUUUUAGACCAAUAACAAACAGUUUUCCCAACCGAGUUGAUAUACAGGGUAAGGCUGCGUACAUUUUAACCCCCCAGACCCAACCGAGUUGGGAAUAUACUGGGUUGUUGUUGUUGUAACUAACAGUUUUCCCAAGGAAAAAGAUUAAGUCAAAGCAAUUCAUGCAACAUUUAGGAAUACCCUCACACAUUACAUGGAAAGAGACUAACUUUUGCUAUACCAUGUUUGUUUUAGCCAGCAUGUAUACCUUAACCAUCAAUCACUAUAGUCCAAGGAACAACAUCCUUCAGAGAAAUUUUAUCAAACACCAUGCGACCCUCCUGAAUUUGAUUAAAAGAAGCAUACAUUCCCAAGUUUUGUGGCCAACUCGUGGACAGUUUUCCCCUUUUUUUUCUUAAUAAAAAUAAAAUUAAAAAAAGAUGACGAUUUGGCCGCAGCCUUCGAUUAUGGAGGUAAACCAAAUCUAAUCAACUGAGGAAAUUCCGAGCUGAAAUAUAUUUUGGCCCGCGAAUUUUGAAAUUGCCGUCUUAUAAAGCUCACUGUUAAGCAGCAAGGGCGGUUACAGAAUCCAGAGAGAACUCUCGACUCCGUGCAGUAAACCUCUGAUAAAAGUUCCGGGCGGCAAAUUGUCAGAAACAUCAAUGGCGGAAGCCGUAAUUGAUGUUGAGAGAAAUCUACGUGUGGAUCUACUGACAGCUCCAGAAGUGAGAGCGUUAUUGGAAUUAAGAGAGAAGACUGUGAGAGAUUUGGUCAUUGCUGCCACUGGCGGUGCUGUGGUCACUUUUUUUGCCAGUCGGAAGUUUAAUAUUGUAAACCGUCUCUUGAUAACCGGAGGAGCUUCCAUUUCUUGUGGAUAUUGGUCAAUUAACAAGUCACUAGAUAGACACAUUGACCGUUUGCUUUCUAUGGAUGGCACUUGGCUGCAGAAAGAGCUUUCAGCUUCGUUGUUGAGAAGGUAUCAUAAUAACCCAAGAAUUAUGAAUCGCUUUUCUAAACAUUUUUAUGCCGAGAAGGUGUAUGAUGAUUCAUCGGACAUACCAAAGUUCAGAUGGCGUCCUCGGUAUGUCUACGAAGAUGAUGCUGGUAAUUCUGAAGACGCAACAGACACUCGUGAUUCUGCUAGCUACAAAUCUGCUCAGAAGAGGGUAGUAACGAAGGAAGCUAAAUCAGUCUCAAAGCCAGCUCAAAUAAAUACUGCUGUUGAACUUAUAGAGAACCCAUUCGAAUGCAUUUUUGGGCCUCCUGUGGGAAUUGAACAGGUUCUCAGCAGUGGGGCAUCCAAUAUUUCUCGCUCUGGUCCCGGACCAUCCAACACGGCACGAAAGAGGCAUACUCACAGCAACAAGCGACAUCACCAUCGAAGGCAUCGGAAGAACCACUUCGAGGCCUAUGAGACGUGAACUAAUGACCUCUCUGAUUGACAAGAGACGUUUGAUGGUGUUUUACUUAAGACUGCCCUGCUGCAAAACUCUUCUAGGAGUAAAAUGAAGAUCGUCAACGUCACCAGUUUCAGAUGAGUUCAUCAAGCAGAUCCUAGUGUUAUUAUGUUGCUGAAGCUCCCAAUGUUGAAUCCUUUGCUCUGUUUAGUAGCCCUAAGUCUUUCCGAUGGUAGCUGAAUUUGUACAUGCACAUGCUAAUUGUGGAGAAAUGUGUUUUUUGUAUUUUGGGACAACACAUCCGACUAUUUGCAAUCCACAUAAUCCACUUCUCCAGAAUAACAUUUCUAGUCCUAUGAGUUGAUAGAUUUUGUUUGCGUAAUUUGCCUUUUUCUCUCUUUUUUGUCAUUUUUUUUUUCGCGUUUGGAUUUACACAACUACAGCCUAUAAUUAAUAUAGUUAACUUCAUGUUGUGGCAUAAAGGCUUGUGCUUAGUUGUUGGAUAGUCUUUUUGUGAACACUUUUACUCUGUAA